CAGAGAGCUUGAGUCAGAAGACGGAGUAGCAUCUGAGAUUCGUUUGGCCACUGUGCUACUUUUUCCGUCUUUGCUUCCUUUCAACAGCACAGAAUUUUCAACAUGACUUUUCGAUGAGCUGAUCCUGCCUGGACAAAGCUGAAGACGAAGGAGCACAGUUUAAAAGAAAGCAAAAAAGCAAGAACCUGGAUUGAGGAAGAAGAACAAGGGACAGAGUUAUACAUCCAUGAAAGCAUGAGGUGGCUCUUGGGCAGCAGCUGGAAGAAAUUUGGACAUGCCGAUAGGGGAAACUAUGACUGGUUAACUAGUGAGCCAGGAGUGCCAUUGCUGGAAACACAGCUACAGAGUCAGCACAAAACAAGCUCAACCAAAGAAGAUAUAGAGCCAUUCUUAUGCAUCAUCCUGCCAGCUACCAUGAUGCUCUUCUUGGCAUUCUUAUUGCUAUUCCUCUACAGACGCUGCCAGCGCCACAACCCUCAGUCUCAGAUCUUCAGCAUUGACCUCCCAGAAUCCCUUCCAGAGCAUGAGGUGACUGAUUUCCUCUCUGUCCUGCCCUGGAGCAGUGAACAGAGUUUCCACUACUCCACGCUUCUCCCUGAGACUGCCUUUCUCACUGUAUGCUUGCCUCCAUCUUAUGAAGAGGCCACCAAGAAAGCCUCCAUGGAAGAGGACCAUGUUCAGCUCUUUCAGGACCCAGUGCCUCCUUAUGAAGAGACCAAACAGCAGUAAACACACAGAAAAAGCUUUUGGAUGGCGUUCACAUCAUGUUGUUUCUUUUUCUUAAGAAGAAAAACUGCAAACAAGGGACUAGCUAUAAGCACAAAAACAUUGAUUGGUUAAUGUAUUCAAUUAUGACAUUUUUAAAUAGCACAGAAAACAAAACAGAUUGCUGAGUAGGAUGGAGAAGUUUAUAAAAAUUAAUGCUAUACCUCAGACAUUUCUGCACAAAGUUGUUUUAGGGUGGCUCAAUCUAAGUAAUGCUGGAGAUAUUGCAAAAGCAGACACAGAAAAACAAAGAAACUCACAUUUCUGAAAGGGCUUAACCAUUUUUAAUGCGCUAACUUCAUGGACAUUUUAUGAAUUUAGGUAACAAUGUGUUAAGGAUUUUUGAAUCUUUACAAAGUGUACAUACAGGUAAGGGAAAUGACCAUUAAUAUGAAUCUGAAAAGGGAGGCCUGAAUAUGCUUGUGUGUCAAUCAAUACCAUUAUAUCUAUCAAAACAAAAACAUACUGA